ACCGCGCACCGCGGCCCCGCGAACCCAGCCGAGGACCGCGCCGACCGAGCCGAGCCAAGACAAGCCCAGUCGGCGUCGAGUCGGUACGGUCAGUCUGCGCGACAGCUUUCGGGACCCCGCCGCGGCCGCGCACGCCGCGCACGCCGCCAACGCAAAGGCCGUCCGGGAGACUCUCGCGGGGAGCACCUCGACGACGACGACCCCAGGGAGCCGAGCCAGCGCCAGCCCACUGUGGAUUACGCCCGAGUGUGUGUGUGCAAAGUGUGCAAAGUGUCAAAGUGAAGAGCAGUGCGCCGCGGGGGCGGAGACCGGGAGGGGACCGGGAGGAGAGCACCCCGCGUACGGGGUGGGCAGCGCUCGCCAGCGCGCCCCGUGGACCACGACCGCCACGACAGAUCGCCGCGCGCCGACACCAUGGCGGCCGCAGCCCUCGCCCGGGCGGUGGAGGACCGCUACCACGGCAUCAUGGGAGCCCUCGGAGAUCCCCGGGUGGCGGACUGGCCGCUCAUGGACUCGCCGUUCCCCACGCUCGCCAUGGUCGCCGUCUACCUCCUGUCGGUGGUCGUCAUAGGCCCCUCCAUCAUGGCCAAUAGAAAACCCUUCCAACUUAAUAAAAUUAUCGUCGUUUACAACGCGUUUCAAGUUUUAUAUAGCAGCAUUAUGUUUUACGAGCACUUGAUGAGCGGAUGGUUCAUGAACUACAGUUACGCCUGCCAGCCCGUGGACUACUCCUCGAACCCCAUCGCCACGAGAAUGGCUAAUCUCUGUUGGUGGUAUUACAUUUCGAAGCUCACCGAAUUCGCCGAUACGGUCUUCUUCGUGCUCCGCAAGAAGGACAACCAGAUCUCCCUGCUCCACCUGUACCACCACUCCCUCACCCCGCUCGAGACCUGGAUCUGCGUCAAGUUCCUCGCGGGCGGCCACGGCACCUUCUCCAACCUGGUCAACAACUUCGUGCACGUGCUGCUGUACGCCUACUACAUGGUGUCCGCCAUGGGCCCGCAGUACGCCAAGUACAUCUGGUGGAAGAAGUACCUCACCAAGACCCAGCUGGCCCAGUUCGUGCUUGUCUUCUUCCACUCGCUGCAGGCCAUCUACUACGACUGCGGCUACCCCAAGUUCAUCGCCGCCCUGCUGCUGGUGCACUCCAUCAUCUUCUACGCCCUGUUCUACGACUUCUACCUGACGGCCUACCGGAAAGAGAAGCCCCGGCUGCAGGCCCAGCAGCAGCUCAAGCAGCAGCAGAUGAUCGGCAACGGUAGCGCCCCCAACGGCACCGCCAACGGCGUGGCCAACGGCGUGGCCAACGGCCUCGCCACCCAGCUGCCCGGCGACCAGAAGACGGUCACCGAGGCCAAGAAGAACGAGUGACGCCAGUGCGCACCCACUGCGACGGCGACCAAGCGCCAGCUGCAGCUGUGGUCCAUCUACCAGCAGCAGCUGACGCACCUGCACCACCACGGCCUGUACCAGCGACCCCUGGCGCGGUCCUGGUGUGGGCCGACCUGCGCUCAGGUGCCGGACGAGAAGCUAGUGGGCUGGCCGCCCGCCGGGCCGGGCUUGAACCCAGGCUUGAAGCCCCGCGCGGGCCGCAGGGAGAGUCGCCACGAGCUCAACCUCAAGUGCGACGAGUAGUCGACCAAUCGACCGGUCGCCGCCCGGCCCGCCGCCCUCCAAGACCGGCUGGUCCAACAAAAGGAUCGCCACGCAGGCGCAGUGAUUGUGUCUGGGACUCGGAAGCAAUCCGUGUUGCCACAAAAAAACUAAUCGUCGCCAAUAACGUGACCUGUUUCCAGCAUGUUACUUUAUUUUUGUAUUUUUUUGUCCUACGGUACAGUACUGACCUUACUUUUUAACUGCAAGAUCUAGUCUUCCUAUCCGGAUUACGAGGGUGUUGCGCUGCUUUGAAAGAAAGAGAAAGUAAAAUAGGGACUUAUGGAUUAAAUUCGGAUGUAUCUUCGUCAACAAAAUCAUAUUGCUGGCUUAGAUUUUUUUUUACUAGUUUGAUAAAUUGUGUUUCGAGUGAUAUUGAACAUGACUUUAAAAUAAGGUGAACAAUUUGCUCAGUAAUUCAUAAGUUUUGUUUUAUAUUUCUGCUGACGUCAGAACAAAAAAAUUCGUGGUUACUAGCUUUAAAUUUAUUUUGCUAUCGUGGAAUGGUCCGUAAAGAUUAGUUUUCAGUGUUUCCUACGCCUUCUUGCUGAAAAAGAAUGGUACCACAGCCGAGAUUGUAAAUGAAUAUUUAAGUUCGUUAGUUUACUAGUUUUAUUUAUUGCGUGGAACAAGGAAUGUCCCUUCAUGGAAGGACAUUUCACUGCCAGUACAAUAGUGCUGCAAUUAUACUUUUUCAACACUCCAGUCACUUAUGCGCCAUAGUUACAAACAAUUGAGCCAUUCCAUAUUGUAUGUCGAAUUCCAACAAAGCACACCAUAGGCCUAAGUGGAAAUGUAUUUAGAAUAAAAUACUAUUUAUAUUAGGAUGAUUAGAGAAUGAAAACGAAUGCUUGCCGGGCAAAAGCAAGUUUGUUGUGUGGUCGCUGUGCUUGCCAUGCCGUUAACGUACCCAAAGUGUCACACCUUUUGCCUGAAGUUUCGUUGUAAGGGUAAUUGCUCUGCACUUACGUGAUUACCUUCAGAACCUGUUCUUGCCCGACACUGUGUCGACGCGAAAAAAAAACUCCAGGAGGAGGAAGAGGUAUAAUUCCAUGACCUGCCUGAAUACCAACCUACUUACAUUGUGUUCUUCUAUGUAUAUAUAGAUUUAGUUGAGUGAAGAGCGCAGAGAAGUUUUAGCACGUCUCCUGUUCUGUUUCACGCGCACAACUGAGAAGUCCUCCGAACGACUGAGGUUGCAGUCGAUAAUAUUCAAAGGAUAAUAUCGUUCCUGCAGAGCAGUCCGUUCCAAGCGACUCACUCUACUUAUGUAAUUGUCUGUGGCAGAAGUUGUCAGUUGUGGCCGGAAACGAAACGGCUUGUACUUAAUGCUCAAGUUGAAAUGUGAUUAACUUCGUACGUUGAUUCACGACUUUAUUGUAAAAUAUUCAAUUAAAAGAAUCAUUAGUGUCUCAGAA